AUCAAAAUUACUACAGUCAUGAGCAAUUCUUUAAUGCACCUGCUUUUAUUACCAACACGACUAAGCUUAAGGAUUCUCUCUUUAGUAUAUUACAUUCUCGUGUACGGCACAGCUGGAAUCACCGCGUGUUUGGUUCUGAUCCGAAUUGCCUGGACUGGAUUUAGGGAUCCAUAUGGAACCUUUCAAUGGACCGCUCGAAAGAGACCCCCAGACUGCCUAAAAGACCCUGCACUUGGUGACCAUGCGUAUCUGAAGGGCAGGUCAAUAAACCACUGGAAUGUCAUGUGUUUAAUUACAGGUCACACAAGUUGUAUAUUGGUGGGGCACGACUGGGGUGGGAUGCUGGCAUGGCAUUUUGCACUGGAAAGGCCAGACAUGGUGCAACGUCUCAUUGUCAUGAACGCUCCUCAUCCCGCCUCAUGGUUGGACGCCGUUCUGAGAAGACCCUCUCAGCUGUUGCGCUCAGGACAUGCAUGUUUCUUCCAGUUACCAAUGCUGCCUGAAAUAGUUUUGUCUCUUGAAGAUUUUAAGUUGGUUCGAAGUCUAUUUUGUGGCAAGAAUUUGGGCAUCAGGAACAAAUCCAGACGACUGACUGAGACCCAGCUGGAGGGGUACCUAUACCGGCUGUCC